AUGAAGAAUCCAGCAGUUGAGCCCAAGGCACGUCUGGCCUGGCCUCCUGCACCCCCAGAAGAGGUUGAGGAGAUCCAGGACACCUCAGAUGAUGAGCAGGUUGUCCAGCCAGCCAUGCGCGUUGAUCUCUGCCGAGAUCAGCAUGCAGCAAUUGACUUGGCAGAGGUGGGAGAGGAGCUUGAGACGGACCAUGUUGACGACGUGCUGCAGCGGUGCGAGGCGAUAUCGCAGAGUCUGAAGAACGUCCUGGGAGGCAGCGUGGUGACAGACAGGGUGUCCUCCCUGGAGGCAGCCCCCAUGGUCUCCCAUGAUGCGCUCAUUGAUGCCUGUGGCGACGCCGCCAGAUACCUGAAGAGCUACCAGCUGGUGGGCGUGAACUUCCUGACGCUGUUGGCUCGCUCUGGCGUGGGCGGCGCGAUCAUGGCCGACGAGAUGGGGCUCGGCAAGACUGCGCAGGCCAUUGCCUUCCUAGGCGUGCGGCGUGUGUUGGACAAAGAUGCAGGCCCGCACAUUGUUGUGGUGCCGGCAAGCCUGCUGGAGAACUGGCAGCGCGAGCUGAAGCAGUGGUGCCCCUCGCUCAAAGUGGUGCUCUACUAUGGCAAGGACCGGCUGCAGAUCAGGGAGGAGCUCCUGGAUCACAGGCGGAGGCAGAAUGAGUCCGAAGACAGCGCAUCUGCGGGCGGGCAGGGUGACAGCGCCCCCGGAGCAGAUUUAGAGGACUCUGAUACGGACAGCGCAGAGGACAGCGAUCCAGAGUACCUGGCAUCCGACCAGGAAGCAGAUCCCUCAGCGCCUGAGGAAGACUGGAGGGAUGGUGAUGCACCGUUUGACGUGCUGCUGACGUGCUACACGCUGUUUGAGAGGGACUCGUACGAGAACAAGCGCGACCGCGCGUUCCUGCGCAAGUGGGACUGGAGCUGCAUGGUCCUUGACGAGGCGCACGCUGUGAAGAACCGCUCUGCUGCGCGCACCACGCGCCUCAACAGGCAAGCCUUCGUUUUAUCUAUUUCAUGUCUUAGGGUGGCGGUGACGUGCAAGCAGCGCAUCAUGCUGACGGGAACGCCGCUGCAGAACGAUCUGCAGGAGCUGCAGAACCUGCUGGGCUUCCUGCUGCCGGACAUCUUCAAGGAUGAUGCCGCCGCCCACCUUGCUGACGUCCAGGAUGAGGAGGAGAUGCAGCGGCUGACGGAGCGCAUGAAGGCGCUGCUGGGGCCCUUUGUGCUGCGCCGGCUCAAGUCUGAGGUGGCUAGCCAGCUGGCGUCCAAGGACCAGCGUGUGGAGCUUGUAGACAUGACACCCGUGCAGGCCUCCACGUACUCUGAUGCUGUGCAGCAGCUCAGAAGCGAAGCCUCCGCUGCCGGCCUGCAAGCAGAGGCAUCUGGGCGCGAGGAGGGGCAGUCGCCGGCGGCUGCGAAGAAGCUGGUGCGGAAGCUGGGCAAGCAGCGGGUGGCCAACAUGUUCACGCACCUGCGCAAGAUCGCCCAGCACCCGCUUCUGGUCAGGCGCCUCUUUGGCGACGAGGUGGUCGCAAAGAUGGCUGGCCUCGCCCAUGCACGGUACACCCCUACCUUUGUCCUGCCCUGGGGCCUGUUUGGGGAGAUGUGCAGUGCGGCGCGUGUGCGGGAGGAGAUGGCGGGUUACAGUGACUUUGCCCUGCACCGUUUCGCGCUGCAGCACCCGAAGCGCUUUGGCGAGUACGCGCUCGAUGCCGGCCUCGUCAUGGACUCCGGCAAGUGCCGCACCCUUGCGCAGCUGCUGCCGCGGCUGAAGGCGCGGUCCCUGCUGUACCGCUGCCCCUCAUCCUCUCAAUCUGAUCCCCAGUUGCCUGCGGAGGGUCACCACCCGCUGAUAUUCAGCCAGUGGACGUCUGUGCUUGAUGUGCUGGAGUGGCUGCUGGACCAGCUGGGCCUCCCCUUCCUGCGCCUGGACGGCUCCACCGCCGUCGCCGACAGGCUCGCCCUCGUAGACCAGUACAACAAUCCGGCAAGCGGCGUGUUUGCGUUCCUGCUGAGCACGCGUGCGGGCGGCCAGGGGCUGAACCUGACGCGCGCGGACACUGUUAUUCUGCACGACGUGGACUUCAACCCCCAGAUAGACCGCCAGGCGGAGGACCGCUGCCACCGCCUCGGCCAGAAGCGCACCGUCACCGUCUAUCGUCUGGUGACUAAAGGCUCGGUGGACGAGGGCAUCCAUGCACUUGCCACGCGCAAGCUGCGGCUGGAUGCAGCUGUACUGGACGGCAUCACUGCCACAGGGGACUCUCGCAAGGGCAAGGGAGGGGACUCUGCAACCGACACUGUGCAGAUGGGCGAGCUGCUUCAGAGCCUGAUAGCAAACAAGCCGAUGGUCAGUGACGCAGCCAAAGAGGGCCGCAUAGAGCCAUCUGAUGGCACGCUCAUGUGCUCCUACCACGGCUGGCGCUUCAGUGGAGAGGGCAAGUGCACAGACAUCCCCCAGUCGCUGGAUCCAAAAGCCAACGCAGCUGCGUGCAGCAACCCACGCUCCUGUGCCAUAUCGCGGCCAACCAAGGUGCUGCAGGGGAUGGUGUUUGUGUGGGGCCACAGCAGCUCGAAUGCUGCUGCGGAGGCUGAGGCCAUGCCGGUCCCUGGCGUGCCUGACAUGGCCAUGACAGAGGACAUCCCCUCUUCCACAUCUCAGGGCGUGCCCACACUGGCCUUCCUGCCGGAUUACUAUCGUGAGCUGCCUUAUGGUUGGGAGGUGCUGGCUGAGAACCUGCAGGACCCCUCGCACCUCCCCUUUGCCCACCAUGGGGUGCUCAAUCGCAGGGACGAUGAGAAGGCGGGAUACUACCGAAUGGACAGCAGGCGGCCCAAGGACUCGUCCAGCGGCCAGGAUGUUAUCUGCGUGGCAGGGGAGAGCAUCCGCCCCCGGCUAGGCGAUCUGCAGGGGCGAGCCUUCCAAUUUGACCCGCCCAGCCUCAUCCGCUGGUACACCUACCAGCGCGACCAGGGCGACAUAGACAAGCACGAGAGCUGGAUCAACAUGAAUGUGUUCUAUGUGAUACCGGUGGCGCCAGGCAAGUCGGCGGUGCUGUUCUCGGGGUUCUUCACUGCACAUGGAGCUAAAAAGAUGCCGCUCAUCCCCCAACUGAUCUUCAAGUUCCGGCCUCGAUGGGAGUCUCACUGCUUCACGCACCUCGUAUUUGAUGGGGACAGCAAGAUACUGCACAUGCAGGAACGCCUCCUGGCAGAGACCAGCAGGAAUGGAGAGAGCAGCUGGCGCAAGAACUACUACAUGCCAGCUCAGGCAGACAGGCUGGUGGCGGCGUUCAGGAAGUGGCUGGAUGAAAGGGGGGGAGGCGGGCCCCCCACUCGGCUGUCUGGGCAGCUGCCACCGCUGGACGAUCGGCAGGAGAUGUACCUUGACCGCUUCAACCAACACACCCGCCACUGCCCCAGCUGCAUGGGGGCUGUGAAAGCUUUUGAGAGGCUGCGGGUUGCGGCGGUGGCAGCGGGAGUGAUCUUUCUUCUGGGGCUGUCAUCUGCGUUGGGUCGCGGUCUCAGCCCCUUGAGUCCCAUCCCUGUGGCAAUUGCAACAGGUGCUGUUCUGUCCCUAGCGGCCUGGCUCGUGGCAGGGCGGCUUCUGCAGCGGUUCUAUUUUGUUGGCUACAACCACAGCGAGAAGUAGGCAGCAGAAAACAUCGAACUUUCGGCGCAGCCACCAGGAAUAAUGACACAAUCAGCGAGAAGAAUGAAUGAGAUUCUUUCAGUUGCAGCCGUAGCCAAGACAUGUGGCUGCCAUUGCAACCCAUCAAGCAGUGUGAUUCUUUUGCUGUGAUCUGUUUGCACACAUGUGCAAAUGAGAGAAUUUGAUUGAUGAGACCGGAUAAACCUGAACAGCAAAUUUGAAUAGAUUUGAACAGCCACGCUUCAAUCUUGUGGCGGUGUUUCUCUUGCCUUUAGUUCAUUUGAUAGCCCUACCAGUGAAUGGGAGCCGGCUGCCAGAGAGGCUACUAGCGUAGUAUAAGUUUGCGCAGGGUAUCUGAGAAUGAGAGCACUAACAGUGCCUCGAAAAUUUGGCUACACGUGACAGGUGACAUUCAUACAGUUAGUUCAGCAGCAAUGUGAUGCAAAGUUUGAAUGCAAUUUUGUUUCUGGAGAUGAAAGAGAGAGAGAAACAUUACAUCGUGCCAGCCAACGUUGUUAACAAGGCUGAUUAGAUGUUCACUGUAUCAAAACCAGUGUAUACUCGUCCU